AUGCGCUCCUCAGGAUUGAGUCUGCUGCUGUUGGCAGCACUGUUGGCGUCUGGGCUGGCAGCCGUCUCCUACAGGGGACACAAAGUUUACCGUCUGGUGCCCACGGAGGAGCAGCUGCAGACGCUGUCUCAGCUGCGGGAGCACCCGGCGCUCGACUUCUGGUCGCGAGCUCACCGUGCCGGCCACCCCGUGGAAGUGAGGGUGCCGCCCGACGUGCACGACCACUUCCGAGCAUUCCUCGAUCGCCAAGGAGUGCUGCACAACGUCCUCAUUGAUGACCUCGAACAGAUCUUCGAAAAGGAGCGAAAUCUGACGCUAGUGAGAUCCAUCCCCAAAAGCCCCGAGGACCGCAUAUCAUUCACCGAGUACCAACGCUACGAUGAUAUUCGGCAGUACCUGUCGCAGCUGGCAUCAAGCUAUCCCAGUACAGUGACUGUGCAGACCAUCGGACAGACGUACGAGGGUCGCCCUCUGGAUAUCAUCCAGAUAUCCUCUGGAGGCGGCGGCUCCAGGCCGGUCAUCCUGAUCGACGCCGGCAUCCACGCCAGGGAGUGGAUCGCGCCAGCUGCCGCCCUCUACGUCAUCAACCAGCUGGUCGAGAACGCAGCCGAGAGCGCGCUCACAGACAGCGUCGACUGGCACAUCAUCCCCGUGCUCAACCCCGAUGGCUACGAGUACACUUUCACAGAGGACCGUAUGUGGAGGAAGACCCGAUCAACAACAACAUCUCCUAAUUGUCCUGGAGUGGACGGCAACAGGAACUUUGACUUCCACUGGAAUGACGCAGCAGCCGGCGGCAGUGAUGACUGGACCAAGGGCGUUGCCGGAGUAGCCCUCUCCUACACCAUCGAACUUCCCGAUGACGGCUCGUCCGGUUUCGAUCCUCCAGCGUCAGACAUCCUCAAAUUGGUGACGCCAUUCUUCGAAGCCGUGCGCGUCUAUGGGGAAUAUAUUGCUGAUAACUACUGAUAAAACGAAUCACU